AUGCCAUCAGGUCAACGCCUCCGCCACAGCCACGCCCACUGGAGCUGAGGAGCUGAGCGGUGGGGGAGGAGAGGACGACACUGGGCUGUUGUCAGAAACGGCCAAGAAUGAGUUGCACAGGACGAAAGAGCGAGAAGGAAAGUGGCGUUUUUAAAGGAUAUUCGCUCUAGUUCACCAUAACAGCUCCUGUAUGUGUGCGGAGAGGAAAGGAGGAGAAGAGAAGACUGGAGACUCCCUCCUUCCUUCGUGCUGCUGUUUCUGUGUGUGUGUGUUUACACCCUCAGACGCCACGUUUCGGUGCCUUACUGACUUGACCGCUGAGCUGGAGCUGCAGUCCGUCUGAAUGGACGCUUAUUUACUGAAGCUGAAGUCUUCACUGUGUCUGAAGAAGGACAGACACGGCAGUGUCUUGAAAAGAGAGCCUUAUUUCUUCUUCCAGCUUCGUAAAGGACGAGUCCUGCAGUCGCCGUGUUAGUGUUAGACUAACUUUUCCACUCUUUUACCAAAGACCGAGUGAAGCGCAGAGCUCAGUCUGCAGCCAGGAAAAGGAAAAGCGGCCAGUUUCUUUGUGCCUCGCUCCACUUCCACACUUCCCUUCUUCCCCAUGCGCCGCUGAAACUCGGCCGAGCGAAGAAGAGCAGAGCAGCCACGACGGGUUGGUCCUUCUUUGUCCUCCUCAGCCUGAAAAGGAGAAGAAGAAGAGAUGGAGGGACAGAGUAAUGACACCAAAGGCAGCAGUCCGAAGCCUGAGAGGAGCUUCUCUCUGUUCUACAUGGGCUGGUGCACCCUGGACAGGAGGACCACUCUGCCCAUGCUGCCGUGGCUGGUGGCUGAGAUCCGUCGGAGAGGCGAGAGAAACGAGCCCGGACCCGCUCAGGCCCGCCAGGUCCAGCUGUCCCUCUGCCCUCCCCUCAUCCGCUGCGUGCCCGCCAGCAGCAGCAACGCGUCCGUCUUCAUCUUCGAGCACAAGGCGCAGUUCAUAUCGAGGUUCAUCCACAACAGCCACGACCUCAGCUACUUCGCCUACCUCAUCCGCAGCCAGCCGGAGGACCCCGAGUCCGAGAUGGCCUGCCAUGUGUUCAAGGCUGGAGAGCCCAACCAGGUUCCUGAAGUUAUCAGUAGCAUCAGACAGGCCUCUAAAGUUGCACAUAAGGAGGACAACAGGCCCAAGCAGGAGGGAGAAGAGUCUUUUUACAACUCCCAGAAGUUUGAGGUGCUUUACUGUGGCAAAGUGACAGUCAACCACAAAAAAGCCCCCUCCACCCUUAUUGAUGACUGCAUUGACAAGUUUCGGCAGCAUGAGGUGGAGCGCAAGCGGCUACAUCUUCUGAAUGGGCAGCGCAGCUCAACAGAGACCUCCGUGGAGUUCAUCGUUGGGGAUGACCCACUGAGCGCCUCGCUCACUGAGGCUGCAGGGGCAGAGUCAGGAGCUGGAGAUCAGGCCAGAGUGAGUAAUGGGAAACUAGGCAGCAGCCUCAGUGUGGGCAGCCUGCGUGGAGCUUUCCCUGAGUGUAUCCUGGAGGAUUCGGGGUUCGAGGAGCAGCAGGAGUUCCGCACGCGCUGCAACAGCCUGGCUGGCGGCAUGCAGAGCAGAACGAUGCAGGCCGGGGCCAUUGGGCCUGCACGCAGAAGACAUGCCAGCGCACCCAACAAUGUACAGCCGUCAGACGCAGACAAGAACCGCACCAUGCUGUUCCAGGUGGGACGUUUUGAGGUGAACCUCAUCAGCCCUGACAGUAAGACGGUAGUUCUGGAGAAGAAUUUCAAAGAUAUCUCAUCCUGCUCUCAGGGAGUGAAACAGACAGAUCACUUUGGCUUCAUCUGCCGGGAUGCAGUAGAGUCUGGACCCAGCCAGUACGUGUGUUACGUGUUCCAGUGUGCCAGCGAAUCUCUGGUAGACGAGGUGAUGCUGACCCUGAAGCAGGCCUUCAGCACAGCUGCAGCACUACAGAGCUCUAAAACCCAGGUCAAACUGUGCGAGGCCUGCCCCAUGCACGACCUGCAUAAACUCUGUGAGAGGAUUGAAGGUUUGUACCCUCCCAGGGCAAAGCUGGCUAUUCAAAAACACCUCUCCAUGCUGAGCGAUAAUGAACAAGCAGACAUUUUUGAGCGUGUGCAGAGGUUGAAGCCGAGCUCAGAUCAGGAGGAGAAUGAGCUGGUAAUUCUUCACCUCAGGCAACUUUGUGAGACCAAGCAGAAGACCCACGUUCAUAUCGGAGAAGCUCCUCAGCAGAAUGCUCCCAAUAACAUGGCCUCAGACAACUCUGUUGGGCGCAAUAAGCUGGAUGUGCUGAAGAACAAAGCACGCAGCUCCCUCACCAGCUCUCUGGAGAACAUCUUUUCAAGGGGGGCUAGCCGAAUGCGCAUGCGUCUGGGAAGCAUGGGCAGCUUUGAUCGGGACGACUCUCCUGGUGACUCUCCUCCAGGGACCCCUCCUGCUUAUGCGGAGGAGGACCCCGAUGCCCCUCAGUUUCGUCGUCGGGCGCAUACUUUCAGCCACCCGCCUAUCAAGAAGAGGAUUUCUUUCACAGACGUGCCGACUCCGGCGAAAGCCCCCCUGCGCAGGCAGCAGUCUGUUGCUCCAGAGCUGCUUCAGAGCAGCCCGAUCAGCGUCACAAGAAAGCGCAGUGUGUCUGAGGGCGAGUCCUCCUUCAGCCUCCCCUCCUCCUUCACCACUCCCACUUUCCUGAAAAGUUUUUACCAGGGCUCCUUCAGCUCGUUGGCCUCCCUGCCGGACAGCCCCAAGAGUAAUGGGGAGGGCAGGAAGAGGACUCUCUCUGGCUGCAGUAGUGACUCGCUGACCACUGUGACUCCGCGCAGAGUGUCUUGGCGUCAGAAGAUUUUUCUGAGGGUGGCCUCACCGAUGAACAAGGCCACAGCGUCCAUGCACAAGGCUGACAUGGAUGGCCGGGAGCUGCUGCCCCUCUCUCCUCGUGCCUCAGACCAUGGCCAUGAUACUCUGGCCAGCCUGCUUCCCUCAGAGAAGGGCACUGGAGGGGAGACCGGCAGCCGCACUCCAGCAGAUUACAGAGCAUUAUGGAGGACAGCGAUCCACCAGCAGAUCCUUCUCAUUCGCAUGGAGAAGGAGAACCAGCGCCUAGAGGAAGCCAGUCGGGAUGAGCUGCACAUUCGUAAAAUGAAGCUGGACUAUCAGGAGGUGGGCGAGUGUGCUAAAGAGGUGCAGGCUCUGUGGGAGAGGAAGCUGAAUGUGCCCUGCUGGACCAAGGUGCAAUGGGAUAAAGAGGAGAUCCAGACUGCUCUUUGCCAAGGUGUGCCUAAGAGUCGUCGUGGUGAAGUGUGGCUGCUUCUCUCCCAGCAGUAUCGCCUGCGUCACCGCCUACCUCAGCGACAGCAGCCUCCCGACAUGCCUUACCAGGACCUUCUUAAGCAGCUGACUGCCCAGCAGCACUCCAUCCUGGUAGACCUAGGCCGCACUUUCCCUACGCACCAAUACUUCAGCGCUCAGCUGGGUGCGGGUCAGCUGUCCCUCUAUAACUUACUGAAAGCCUACUCCCUGCUGGACAUGGAGGUGGGCUACUGCCAAGGCAUCAGCUUUGUAGCUGGUGUACUCCUGCUGCAUAUGAGCGAGGAGCAGGCCUUUGACACGCUCAAAUUCCUAAUGUAUGACCUGGGUCUACGCCGCCAGUAUCGUCCUGAUAUGAUUUCCCUGCAGAUCCAGAUGUACCAGUUGUCGCGGCUGCUGCAUGAUUAUCACCGUGGCCUGUACUCACACCUGGAGGAGCACGAGAUCAGCCCAAGCCUGUACGCUGCACCCUGGUUCCUCACGCUCUUUGCCUCACAGUUCCCCUUGGGCUUUGUCUCCCGUAUCUUUGACCUCCUGUUUGUCCAGGGCACGGAGGUGAUUUUUAAGGUGGCCCUUUGUCUUCUGAGCAGCCACGAGGGAGAGAUACUGGAGUGUGACAGCUUUGAGAGCAUCGUUGACUACCUUAAAAGCACCAUCCCCACCCUCACACGGAAGCAGAUGGAAGAGACAAUCGCUAAGGCUUUAGAGAUGGACAUCUCCAAGCAGCUGCAUGCCUAUGAGGUGGAGUACCAUGUUCUUCAGGAUGAGAUGAUGGAUGGCCCUCCAGUUUCAGAGGACUCAGACAGACUGGACAAGCUAGAGAAGACCAAUGCCCAGCUAAAGAAGCAAAAUAUGGAGCUUCUGGAGAAACUACAGGCGGCGCGGGUGAAGAUCCAGAGUUUGGAGAGCAGCGUGGAAAGCUUUCUGGCCCGCGAGAGUCAGAUGAAGCACCUGAUCCGCUCACUGGAGCAAGAGAAGGCUUCCUACCAGAAGACCAUUGAGCGCAUGCGCAGCAGCCUCCCUCAAGACGUCGCCACCAAUGUUGAGAUGACCCAACUGAAGUCCAGCAGUAACAGCAAAACCAAAGGAGCCGGCAAUAAACCGUGAUUCGGCCUGCACGAUGAGGAACUUGCACACUGGAGUGUCAAAUCUAUUGAUGGAGGAAAACUGAGGGUUUGAGGUGACUACCAGGUGGAGUUGAGCAGUCUUCCCAACAUACAUCUCCAUGGUUCGCCAUCAUAGCUUUUAGGGGCUGAUGCAUCCAUAUAGACUAUGGAACUUUAGGCACCUACUGGUAUGACCAUGGCUUCGGUGAGAGGGUGUUUUUGGAGUGGGAGUGUAACCAGUAUAUGUAGCCUUCUGCAAUUGAUUCAGUCCAUGUCAAACAAGUAUAUGGAGUAUACAAACUUCCAUGGCCAUAAAAAAUGCCUCUAAGGAAACGAGGGUGAGAAAUGAGAAUUUGCUCCAGUCCACUAUGCUUUAUUCACUGCGUUUUUAAUGUAGGGUGGUGGCCUCAGUGUAAGCUUUGCUACAAUCUCAGCUUGUGUUGAAAAUACUUGAAAACGAUACGAAUGUAUUUUCUUUCCAAAGAACAGCAUGACGGUGUGCAUAUUGAGGAACACUGCCUUGAUGCUGGUGUACGUUUUGGGAGCGGCAGACAGAAACACUUUUUUUUUUCUUUGCGCUCACUAAAGCUUAUAAAGAGCUGAUGGAACACAACAAAAGGGACAGUGACUCAAUCAACUGAGAGAAACCAAAAUAUUUAGCCCCGUCAGAUUGACAACUGUGCUGAAAGAGCUUAACCCAAAGUUCAAGGAGGAAAUGAAACUGCCUCUGAGUUUCCGCUCUGACUUACCAGUGUCAUCGAAAUUUAACCUGCUCUCCAAACUGUUACGCCUCUCUGGCAGUUCACCUGUUACUUCAAGGCAAAUUAAUCGGGUCAAAGGGACAAAAAGUGAGUCCGCUGGUGUGCUAGUUGCAUAGUGCGAUUCACCAUCUGAGAGUAUUUCAUAAAGAUGAUAAAUCCUGCAGUUAUGCUUAUAGAAAUUCAGAAACAAAACCUAUUCUGACAACUCAAAAAACGUCCAAAAGCUUGUUUUUGUGUCCAGGAGUGAAUUGCGUCUUGUGUUAUGUGUGAAUCCAAACUCCAAAAUUGUGCUUGACAUUUGCACAAAUAUUAUGUUUAACAUCAUGUGUGCGUGCAGAGUGCAUGACUUCUCGUAACUCUCCUCAGUGUCUUAGUUGCUGAAAAGCCUCUUGCUUCAGAAGUAAUCUGUCAGUGAAGCCUUAUAAAUGAUUUAUGUCAAUGUCACGCAUUGUUAAUGAAUGCUCAAUAGCUGUUGUAGCUAUGCAAAAUGUUGUGCCCUUAAUUUGCAAAAAAUCUUGUUUUUUUUCCCCUGUUGAUAAAGUACUUCAGUAUGCAGCUUGUCUCAGAGAAGGACCCUCCAGCUGCCACCAUGUCAGUGGAGUGCAGCUAUUUAACAUGGAUCGAGUGAAUCUGUGUAAAGCUCCCUCCCGUUCUCCCUGCCCUAAAGGGUGUGAUGAGCAGACAUUUUUUCUAUUAAAUUUUCAUAAAAUAUUAAGAGGAAUGAACAUUACUUAACGGUUGUAGGUGUGGAGUGUGAUAAGUUCAUUUGUAUGCUGGUACUUCAGCUUAGUAAAUGUGUUUUCCAGAGUCACUUGCUGAAGCAAUAUGUAGGUUUACUAAGGUCAAACAUGCAGGUUACUCUUUAUUCUAAUGUUUUCAUAAGGCUGGUUCAGCUGAAUGACCAGCAGAGAACCAUUCAUGUGCAACUGUUGAGCAAGAGGUGAAAAUGUUAUAUAGUGCUAUUCAUGUACAAAUGAAAUUGAAUCAUGGUGUAUAUCUCUCUCUAAGUGAUGAUGCACUGAAUAGCAUGUGAUUGUCUGAUAAAACACUCAUUGAUUUGUAAGAUAAUUUUCUGUUUCAUAUGUUGCAAAAAAAGACGUGAAAUUGUCUUAAAUCUGGGCAGUAUGUCUAUUUCUCAUUUUGGGAUUAUUUAACUUGUUUCUAGACAUUUUUACCUGUUUUAAGUCAUUUCAUUGAUAGAAAUUGUCAUUCCAUUGGUGUUCUUUUGGUUUUACUGGGUUCAAGUAUUGUUUUUUUUGUAUUAAGCAAAAUUGACUGCAUUCUAUCCUGAAACCUACAACAAAAUAAGAAUAUUUCUGUAGGUAAAAUUACUUAAAGCAUUUAAGACAUCUAGAAAUAAGUUAAGUAAUCUUAUUAUACUUUUACAACCAUUUCAUAAUGAAAAUAUUAGGUAUGUUGACUAUGUGCCUUCCAGCUGUCCAAUAUGCUUUUACCUUCAGUGAUUUUUGAAGGUAGAGUUGCUUCCAUUGUUGCUGCCAUAGAACUGAAAUGUUGCAGGUGGGUUAGUUAUGGUUGUUUUUUUUUGUGAUUAUAAAGAAACUACGCAGAAAGAACUACAUAUCUUUUGAGAAAUUGUAAAACUUUUUUCUUUGUCUGUUUUCGUUUGUUUUGAAAAAGAAAUGUGUGUUGAGGAAGGCCAACAGUGACUUUUUUGUGCUUUAAACACUCAGAGGUAUUACAGGUGUUGGUCUGACGUAAAAGGCUAGAAACAGUUGGCUCCACUUCAUCCUUUGAAGCUUGGAACAGAAGUUGCCUCUUAUACUGAUAUUAGAUUAUAUAUCAGCUCCAUCUUAAUUGCCAAGGAACAGGCAACACUGCAGUUCAGCUUACAGGAGCAAAUUGGUGCACAAUCAAGGAGGUGUGCUGGUGAGAGGCGAAUUUAAAACGCAUUACAGAAGAUAAUUGGAAUGACACUUUUAACUUGAUGGCUUUCAGAGCCACUUGUUACCAUAUUGAUAGCAAAUAAUUCCACCCGGAAAGAUUAACGCAAUUUUUAUGCAGUUUUGAGUCUUUGUUUUGGAAUCCCUCUGGUACCCUUGGCUGCUGUUCUACACAGCUGGUAAGACAUUCUGUGUCUCCUACAUUUCUCAUAGAAAGAUUCAUUUCAAUCCUGAAAUGUCUCCUCGCAUUUACUGCAGGUUAUCCAAGUGAUGCGUGUUUGCCCAAAUGUCACAGUUGUCCUUUAAUCAAGGGCUUAGUUGUUGUUAUUGUGAUUCAUUGCAAAUUUCAACAUGAACCUACAGCAAACAUGGGCAUUCUGUCCUGUGUCAGUCUGUCCAUACCACUGUGAGUGGGUGUGCAAAACUGUUAAAGGGGAAAAAUCCUCAGAUUUUCAAAGAAUUCUGCUUAUGACAGUCUUUGACAGGACUCUACUUUUUUUGCAGUGGAGUUAGAUGAUCUAUACAGCGGAGCGAAAUUCCUCUUAUUUCGUAUUCAAAACAGCUAGUGAACCUUCUUAAUGAGUUCUUAAUCUUUCUCGCUGUCCAAAGAAAAACAAGUAGCUUUACACAUGAGGGCAACAUGUUCUUUACUUUUCAUCUAAGGUAUUGUAGCAUUUCUGUUGGUCUAAUAAUGAAAUUUUCACAGGCAGCUUCUGUGCUCCAAUGAAGUAGAAUAAAAUAAAAGUAGAAAAAAAACAAUCACAUGAAUGCAAAAACUGUUUUUGGACAGUGGCAAUUUGUAGAUAAAAUAGUGGUUUCUUUUGGGACUAUUUUGCUUUACAAGGUCCUCCAUGUGCUUCUCCACCCUGAAAAGAAUUUAAAAACUAUAUUUUAGGCCAAAAGCUUUUUACAAAAUUAUCAUUUAAAAAUAGCUUUGUGUGAGGCAGCUUUUAGAGGCAUUAAACCCUUCAGGUGUCUGGUUCCCAUCACCACCGCUGUGAACAAUUCUGACUCAAGUUUCUCUGGGAGCCUCUCUUGUAAACAUAUUAACUGUUGCAAAACCAUGUGGAAUAUAUGGAAAAAAUCUGUGGAAUUCCCCUUUUAACCAGUUCACACAUUUCUGCUCUUUCUGUGAAUAUGUGAAGUGUUACUUUAUAUAGGCAUUGAAGUAUGUAUGCUAAUUAAACUAGCAUAAUGCUGAUGUUAAAUAGAGUACAUCACAUGCCAUGAGCUGCAGUGGUGCACUGACAUGUUAAGUCAUGCUUUCUGUUGCUUUGUAUAGACGGUGCCAAAAUACAACCUGUUUUUGUUUUUCAUAAAACUUGAUACAUGAUCACAGUGUGAAGGUCCAUAUUAUGGUCUUUUUUUCCUCUCUGUCUAGUAGGUGUAUGUGUUACACUGUCACUGUUUGCACUGCUUCAUGUUUAUUUUUUGAUUACCAUUACAGUACAAUCAGCACACUCCAUCUACUUGUGUGUUAGAGGGUCAUGGACUCAAGAUGUCCAUCUUCUGUUAAGAAUGUCCUUCACUCUUUUCAUACUUCAACCUCUUUGCCAAAGUUUGGAAAAUGUCUUUUGAAAAUCAAAAAAAUAUUAAAAAAUGGAAAACUG